CUGUGAUCCCACACGGCAGAACCUGAAAAUACAUCGUGGGCAAGUGCCAGUGUUCAGUAAUAGCUGAACAAUUGGUUUGUCCUUUUCUGUUAGCGAAGACAUGCUGGAUAAUUCUCGAUCCGAGCCGGGCGCUGGGCGGGCGGCAGGGCCGGCCGAGGGCUGCGCAGGGCAGGGCGGAGCGGCGGAGCGCGUCGCCGCCCGAUUGCUCCGUGCUGCCGCGCCCGCCGGGGGCCGGGCCGGGCCGGGCCGUGCCCACAGCCGGGCCCGCAGCGAGGCGGAGAUGGCGUCGCAGCCGCCGCCUCCCAAGCCCUGGGAGAACCGGCGGCUGGCGGGCACCGUGGCGCCCGCCUUCCAGUCUCCUGACUUGGGUGACAACUUGCUGACCAGACCUGGACAACCCACAGUUGCACGAAUACCUCCACCUAUUUUGCCAAGACCAUCACACCAAACAGGAAGCAGCAGUCUGAGCACUUUCAGGCCAGCCUAUAGUAGUUCUUUUACUCCAGGCUAUGGUUCAUAUGGAACCUCUUUUUAUGGAAGCUAUAGUCCUUACAGUUAUGGAUAUGGUGGUUUGGGUUAUAACCGCUUUCGUACAGAUGAUAUUCCUCCCAGCAGGUUUGUUCAGCAGGCUGAAGAGAGCAGCAGAGGCGCCUUUCAGUCCAUCGAAAGUAUCGUGCAUGCAUUUGCCUCGGUCAGCAUGAUGAUGGAUGCUACGUUUUCAGCUGUGUACAACAGUUUCAGAGCCGUGUUGGAUGUAGCCAAUCACUUCUCCCGCCUCAGAGUACACUUCACAAAGGUGUUUUCAGCUUUCGCUUUAGUGAGAACUAUAAGAUAUCUCUACCAGCGUCUACAGCGGUUACUAGGUUUGCGGAAGAGCUCUGAGAAUGAGGAUUUGUGGGCUGAAAGUGCGGGGACAGUAGCUCGUGUUGGUCUUGAAGACAAGGCAGCUAACUCAGCAAAAUCCUGGCCUAUUUUCUUGUUCUUUGCUGUUAUAAUGGGAGGUCCCUAUCUGAUUUGGAAACUGCUUUCUACAUACACUGAUGAAGAAACAGUGUCUAGUAACUGGGCAAGUGGCGAAGAUGAUCAUGUAGUUGGAAGAGCAGAAUAUGACUUCAGUGCUCUUUCAGAAGAAGAAAUUUCUUUCCGUGCUGGUGACAUGCUCAAAUUAGCACCCAAAGAACAACAACCCAAAAUCCGUGGUUGGCUUUUGGCUAGUUACGAUGGCCAAACAACAGGACUUGUGCCAGCUAAUUACAUCAAAAUACUGGGCAAAAGAAGAGGUAGGAAAACAGUGGACCUGGAAAGGAUUACGGAGCAACGGCCAUCCUUUGUCGGCACAUCUGAUAGAGGAUCCACUGCUGCUGUGACUUUAGAGGAGCAGGAAGCUGCUUUUGAUUCUGUUUUUGCUGGAAGUAGUAAAGUUCCUGUUGCAUCUGACUCCACUGUAGUCAGUGGAGAGAAACAGGGACUCUGAGGCACUUUCAUCAACAAAGCAACUGAAGUAUGUUUUAUUGAUAAAACUUAGGGUAUGUUGAAAAUCUGUAUUGUAGUGGAACACUGAUGGGUCUUUACCAGUUAUUGCUGCUACUGACUGGUGAAGGGAUGGAGAGAUGAUUGCUCAAAUUUGUAUUAUUUAUUUUUGGUUGACCUAUGGCUGUAUAUUAGUGACUCUACCCAACCACCUGGCAGCAGCUGUAAGAUCUUGAGUCAAGAAAAGUUGAGGCGCUUACAGCAAAGCAAACAAACAAAUGAGGACUGACCUGUUCUUGUUAAGUAGACAAACUGUUGAUGAAACCUGGAGAUUAAUGUCCAGUCUUCAUUGGAAUGUCCGCUUGACAAGAUGCCACUUCAAUAAAUGUGCAAAGGGAAAAAACAGAUUUCUGUAAAAAGCCCUCCAAAAUUGGAGACUGAGUAUGAUAAAAUAGUGAUAGUGCAUUGUUUCCCUCUGAACGGAAGAAGAAUUGCAAGAGAUUUAGGUGACACAGCCGAAUCUUUAGAAGAUAUCAAUUGCUUGUUUUUUGGUAAGAAGUAGGGCUUCUGACAUAAAGACCUUAGCUCUUUCUUAUUUAAAAAAAAGAAUGUGACUCGUGAAAAAGAAAGGGGGGUACCGUGGAGGAUGGAGUAGGAAUUACAGAGGAAGAAUAGUGAGCCUUCAGCAGUAGUUCUAACUUUAUUAUUAUUAUUAAAAGAACAUUAGAAUGAAGGGCAUCACUUGGUCAAGCACUUUCCAGGGCACUUACUGUCAUUCCCUUCUGUAGUAAACUAAUUUAUCAUCACUUCUAGCCAUGUUGUGUUGUAGCCUGUUUACCGCCUGUCAGUAGCCUAUCAACUGCCAUCUGCAUCUCAGUGUAUUUUGGUUCUUUGUUUGUUUUUGUUUUCAGGAAUGUCAAAAUACCUAUGCUGCAUUUUUAGUGCAGCGGUAAUGCUUUGAAGUGUGUGUGGGUUAACAAUUCCAUUGAGUGGCAAAAAAAAAGUAAAGUUUCUUGUUUAGUUGUCUCAAUUAGCUAAGUUCUUGGAGUUAACUCCUUGUGCUGCCUUUCAGGUGGUUAAUGUUGCAUCUGCCCAUGCUAUUUGAAGGCUCUAGUUUAUCAAAAGCCAUAAAAGCAUUAAGACUGUUCCAAGUGCUUGGUAUUUCUUUCAUAUUGGUGUUUGAGAAUUCAGUAUUGACAUACAGUUUUUCUUAAUGAAGCAAAGAAUAAUUACAAUUUUUUUCCUUGAAUAUAUAUAUGUGUGUGUGUGUAAUAUAUACAUACAUACAUAUUACAUGUUGAGCUUCUGAAGGUUAGAGCGGUGGAUAAAAUACCUAAAGCUUGUCUUUAUCACUAAAAUAGCUUUUCUUUUUAUUUUAAAGGUACUCAAAAGUAUUAGUAAAAGUAGGACAUGCCCUUUGCUUAAUUGAUCCAGUAGUUUCAAUUUGACUGUUUCUACUGGAAUCUUCAACAUCCAUUACAUAUUAGCAGAGCUUUCAGUAUUUAUACUUUAAUUGCAUUUGCUGGCCUUGUGUUACGAGAAUCCUGUUCACCACGACAAAUCUCUGACAAGGAAAAUUGAAGGGAGCAUUGCAUUAUUGAGGUAGGGUGGCUGAAAAGAUGCAUCCUGUGCUGGAACCUUGGAUUUUAAAGUAACCUCUGAAUGGCUGCUGAUAACGAGCAAGAAUUAAGUGGUUGUGCUCGGAUAUUGGGAGUAACCAUUUUUACUAGAUUGUUAGAUCUUCAAGUGCAGAGGAAAAGGAAAGAGUAGUUUAAAGGGGAAAUGGGAAACUAGAACUAGGUUUAAAACAGAACAUGUUCCUGAGACAUUUCCUUGUGUAUCAGGGCAUUGAAGAAUUUUUUCUAUAUUUGGAAAUAACACCUGUUGUUGAAAUAAAAUUAGCAAACAACCCUGAAAUAUAAAAGGGGGGGGGAGGGGGGGCGGGAAUGAGGUUGUUAAGUGUACAGUUCUGCUUACAGUGUGUAUUCAUGGAAGGAAUUAGUUUACUGUUGUGAGUUUUAAUUGGCGGACUGUCAGCCUCUCUCGUGUCAGUGGAAGAUUUCAAUCAGAGGAAGGGUCUUUUAAAUAAAUGAAUAAAUGAAACCCAAACUUUUGUGGAAUAUCCGUUCAAGUUCUGUUUAUCUGCUCAGAACAAUUUGGGAAGACAGUACCUCAAUGUUCAUCAGAAACCUUAAAACUACUAAUUUUUAGAAAGAUGGAUUUAACACUCACAUUUCAGGUCAUAAUAUUUUUGAAAACAUUUUUUUAGUAGAAAAAUACGUUAUUAAUAACUUAUCUUCACAGCAGUUCAACUUUAAUCUACCAAUCACUAACUGUCAUAACUACAUCUGCUAAAUCUUGACAAGAGUUUUGAUUCUUUCAAUCUUGUGAUUAAUAGGAAAUGAAGGCUCUGAGGAAAUGAAGUUAUUUAGCUCACAAUUAACUGUAUUGGUUGCGGAAGGGUGUUAAAAAUAACUGAAGUAAAAUAUAUACUGUUUCAAGAUUUAGAUUUUUCCUUUUUCUUUAUAUGUACAAACUAGCGUUAGGAAAGGGUGUGAAUUUCAUUGUCUACAUCUCUGCCUGUACGUCAGCCUACAGAAAAACCAUCUCAGUGAAUGCUGAUUGAAAAAGAGAGGCUGGUUGACAGGCUGCUCAAGACUUCCCCAAGUUUAGAACAGUGAGAAGACUAAAAGGAGGAGGUGCGGCUCCAACUGGAGUAUGUAGAAGAGGAGAUUAGGAAAGAGGUGCAGUUGAAAUACUGCUGAACUGAGUUGAAGUACUGCUGAAAUACUGCAUUAGGCAAUUGACUCUUAUUUUAAGAUCUGUAAGUACUGAGCUACCUUUAUUAUUCUUUGGCACUACUUGUAUACCUGUAGCAGACCUAGAAGGUUCUAACAGACCCACAGCAUUUGCUUAUAUAAAAUUUUAAUCUUUUUUGAAUGUUAUUAUAGACUGUUUAGCAUACCAACCAUUUUGUGCUUGAAUACUAUCUGAACUAAUGACAGCUGCCAAUUUUGACUUGUUCUCUGGGUGCUAGCAGUACAUGAAUGUGCACAUGUUCAAAGCUUCGCUCAGGUUUCUGACAAAUAAAUUAUAAACGCUC